UCUUUAUAAGCAAUGAGCGAUGUAUCUGUAAAGAAACUCGAGAUUCAGCAUGUAGAAUCAAACAAUCUUGAUGCUGACGCGCAACGAUUACAAGAUCUGGGAUAUAAACAAGAAUUCAAACGUGAGAUCAGUCUGUUUGUACAAUCUGGAUUUGCAUUCUCAACCAUGGCUGUCUUACCAAGUUGGUUAGUCUCAUUUGGACCGUGUCUAAGUGCAGGCGGACCUUCUUCUCUCUUUUAUGCUUGGCUUGUUGUUUCUCCUCUUGUGUGGUGUAUCGCACUCUCAAUGUCUGAAGUUAUUUCAGCCUAUCCUCUGGCUGGUGGUGUAUAUAGUUGGUCACUGAUGUUAAGUAGUAAAGAAUGGGGACCCUGUAAGUUACCAAAUCAUGAAGACUGUUGCUAAAAUACCUUACAGUCAUGGCAUGGAUCACAGGCUAUGCAUACCUCACUGGCCUUAUUGCUGUCGUAAUCACUUUAGCUUGGACAGGAGCUGAGUUUAUUUAUGGCAUGGCCAAUGUGUUGAAUGUGACCCAAAUUGAUUCACAAGGUCCUUCUGUCGGUCUUUACAUUGGUUUAAUUGUUGCAGGAACUUUGUACAACAUGUUGGGUCUUCGAUACAGUGCUUAUUUAAACAAGUUCAUGGUUGUUUGGGUACUUAUUGGAUCUAUCGUUGUGAUUGUUGCAGUUCCAGCCAUGGCACCUACUCAUAAAAGUGCUCGUUGGGUAUUCACAGAGUUUCAAAACACGACAGGAUACGAAAAUAACAGCAUGGCAUUUUUGAUCGGCCUUCUUUCGGCUGGUUGGGCUCAGAUUGGUUAUGAAUGUGGUGCACAAAUUGUAGAAGGCACUCAAAAUGCUGCUACCACUGCUCCUCGAGGUAUUAUUAUAUGUGUAAUUAGCGCUUUUGUUCAAGGCCUGGUCUUGAUUGUUUCCACAUUAUUCUCAAUUCAAGAUGUUGAUGAAUUACUAGCUUCAGAUAUGCCUAUUGCUACCUUCUUUUUGCAUGCAACAAAUAAUCCCUCAGUGACAGCUUUCUUUUUGUUUAUUCUGUUUGUGGCUCAAAUGGGCUCACUCUGCAACUCCAUACUUGCUGCUGCUACUUUUGCCUGGAGUCUAGCGCGUGAUGGCAUUUUACCUUGCUCUAGAUUUCUGUACAAGAUUUCAGGUGAUCGUAAUAUUCCAGUCAAUUGUUUAAUUGUUCAACUUGUUAUUUGUGUUCUUGUCAUUCUUCCGUCAUUUGGAUCCACUGUAUAUUGGCAAGCCAUUAUGAGUGCAGCUGUCAUUUCUGUUAAUGUAUCCUAUGGUCUCCCAUUGUUGUGCCGUUUGAUCUGGGUGCGUAACGAUAUGCCUAAGGGCCCUUUUCAUUUGGGUAAAUUAGGUCUCCCUUUAAAUUUCAUUAGCGUUGUUUGGGUCGUCUUUUUUGGCGUCAUUCUCUGUAUUCCUUCUACUUACCCUGUUACACCUGAGACUAUGAAUUGGGCUUCAGUUAUGAUUGGUGGUGUUAUGUUGUUUUCUAUCUUUUUCUGGAUGAUAUCUGGGCGUCAUACUUUCAAAGGCAUUACAGAAACUGUUGUAUAUAACUAAAUUACUUUGUAUUUAUCAAUAAAGAACUCAAAUCAAGAUAAGAUGCAAUUGUUUAAAAAAA